AUGUUCGUUAGAGCACAAGUUCCAAAAAGCAGAACUUCAUUAACUCCAUAGAAUUUCAAACCAAUUUGCAUAGAAUAACGUGGAGAUUGUACUCCAACAAGAAGCAAUAAUAUUAGUUACUAUGAACACAGUAUUCUCAUUUAAGAACCAUCUCAAUAAUCCUUAUAGAAUUAUACUGGAAGAGUUGAAGAGAAAGUGUAAAAGAAAGUGAUCAAUUCCAGUUCCUCUAAUUUGAGAAAUAGAUACAUUUCAGACAAGGAAAAUUUAGUAAGGGUUCCUGGAUAAUCCUUUGGAGGGAAUUAACCUUCAAGUAAGGAAUUAAUGUAGGUUAUAAAUAAUCUAAAAAAAUAAAAAGAAGACAUUUGUUGUACACUUUCUGAGACACUCAAAAAAAAUACUCUAAUUCAAGAAUAAAUUGAUGUAAUUAUUAAUAUAAAAUAAUUUAGAUUGUUAAUAUAGAAAUGGAAUAAUAAUCUCUUAAUUAUUAAUAAAGUUUAGAUGAAUUUAUGAAUGAAUUUAAUGAACUCACUUAAAAAAUAUCAUAGUUAGAGGAACAGAAUACUAAAUUAUUUGAAUAAAAUGAACAUUAGAAAUGGUAUUUGUAAUAGAUUUAAUGUUAAUCUUCAAGGUAUUAAAAAUUUAAUAUGAAUAUAGAUUUAAUUAAACUCACAAUUUUGGAACAGGUUGA